UCACACACUUUCUUGAUUUUCUUGAAAAAUAGCGAGAUGCAGUUCCAGCCGGAGACCCACAGCUACUACUCGGCCUCCUCCGUCGUCAUCCACGGCGGCGGGGGGGUUGCGGCGGCGGACCCUUUUGAGAGGGUGGUGCGGCUGGCCUCCGGCAGCGCGGUGGUGGUGUUCAGCGUGAGCACGUGCUGCAUGUGCCAUGCAGUGAAGAGGCUUUUCUGCGGGAUGGGAGUCAGCCCUACUGUCUACGAGCUCGACCAGGAUCCGAGGGGGAAGGAGAUCGAGAGGGUGCUCUCGCAGCUGCUCGGCGGCGGCUCCGCCGUGCCGGUGGUGUUCAUCGGCGGCAAACUCGUCGGAGCUAUGGACAGAGUUAUGGCUUCGCAUAUUAGCGGCAACUUGGUUCCGCUCCUUAAGGAAGCUGGUGCACUUUGGCUUUAACACACACACACACACUACAAAGGAAGAAGGGAAUUUGAUGAAUCUUUAAUACGGGCCGGGCCGGGCCGGGCUUUUUUGUUUUUGCUAAUUAAUGAUGUUUUUUAGUUGUUGCUAAUUAAUUAAUGUUUUUUUUUUUUCGGUAACUAAUUGUUUUCUUCGUAUUAGUUAGGAAAAUUAAUUAGCAGUAGUACGAAGGAGAGAGGUGAUGAACACAAACCCACAUUUUGUGUUUAAUUAAUUAUGUAGUACUUAAUUAUGAUCUGUUCGAGGCACACAUCCUUUGUAAAGACUGAAGCAAAGUUGUUAGUGUUUUCUUGUAAUUUAAUUUUUAAUUUGUAUU